GGAGUAGAAGCAGGAGGAGGCGGCGGCGGCGGCGGCGGCGGCGGCGGGAGGGCCGGGGCAGCGGCCGGAGCGAGAGCCCCAUGCCCCGGACGGGCUGAGGGAUCCGGAACCCAGAGAGGAGCCGCGGAACCCGGACAGGUCCCGAUAGAUCGACAUGAUGGUGGAAUCUGCCUCGGAGACAAUCAGGUCGGCUCCGUCCGGUCAGAACGGAGUCAGCAGUCUCUCCAGCCAGGGCGAUGGUGGCGGUGGUGGCGCUGGAGCGGCAGGAACUGUGACCGGAGCAGGAGGAGGAGGAGCAGCAGCAGCAGCGGGGAGAGAUGGGGGAGCCGGCGGGGAGAGCAACGGCGAGAUGAGCCCUGUGGAGCUCUUGCACUUUCAGCAGCAACAGGCUCUCCAAGUAGCCCGGCAGUUCCUGCUACAGCAAGCCUCAGGCCUGAGCUCUCCUGGGAACAAUGACAACAAGCAGUCUGCAGUACAGGUGCCAGUGUCAGUGGCCAUGAUGUCCCCACAGAUGAUCACCCCCCAGCAGAUGCAGCAGAUCCUGUCACCUCCUCAGCUCCAGGCCCUGCUGCAGCAGCAACAAGCCAUCAUGCUUCAACAGCUACAGGAAUAUUAUAAGAAACAACAAGAGCAGCUUCAUUUACAGCUCCUCACCCAGCAGCAAGCUGGGAAACAGCAACCCAAAGAGCAGGCACUUGGGAACAAGCAGCUAGCUUUCCAGCAACAGCUCCUUCAGAUGCAGCAGCUGCAACAGCAGCACCUGUUGAACCUGCAAAGACAGGGUCUGGUCAGUCUUCAGCCCAGCCAGGCAACAGGACCCCUCCAAACCCUCCCACAAGCUGUGUGCCCAUCCGACCUGCCUCAGCUAUGGAAGGGAGACGGGGCAGCUGCCCAGCCAGCUGAAGACAGCAUCAAACAGGAGGGGCUGGACCUCACCACAGCAGCAGCCACUGCUACCUCGUUUGCCCCUCCUAAGGUCUCACCCCCCCUCUCCCACCACACCCUCCCCAAUGGGCAACCCACUGUGCUCACACCUCGACGAGACAGCUCCUCACACGAGGACACCCCUGGCUCCCAUCCCCUCUAUGGGCAUGGGGAAUGCAAAUGGCCAGGCUGUGAAACCCUUUGUGAAGAUCUGGGGCAGUUUGUCAAACACCUCAACACAGAGCAUGCACUUGACGACAGAAGCACAGCCCAGUGCCGGGUCCAGAUGCAGGUUGUCCAGCAGCUGGAGAUACAGCUAGCCAAGGAGAGUGAACGACUUCAGGCAAUGAUGGCCCAUUUGCACAUGAGGCCUUCGGAACCCAAGCCCUUUAGCCAGCCGCUGAACCUGGUGUCAGGCUCCUCACUCUCCAAGGUGACUGUCUCAGCUGCUGAUUCGUUCCCGGAUGGCCUCGCCCACCCCCCCACCUCAGCUGCCGCCCCUGUUACUCCCUUACGCCCCCCUGGCCUCAGCUCUGCCACUCUGCACAGUGGGGGCCCUGCCCGCAGGAGGAGUAGUGACAAGUUCUGCACCCCCAUCUCCUCUGAGCUGGCCCAGAAUCACGAGUUCUACAAGAAUGCAGAUGUCCGACCUCCCUUCACCUAUGCGUCCCUCAUCCGACAGGCCAUCCUGGAGACCCCUGACAGGCAGCUCACUCUGAAUGAGAUCUACAACUGGUUCACCAGGAUGUUUGCCUAUUUCCGGAGGAACACAGCCACCUGGAAGAAUGCUGUUCGACACAACCUGAGCCUACACAAGUGCUUUGUACGAGUAGAGAACGUCAAGGGUGCCGUGUGGACGGUGGAUGAACACGAGUACCAAAAGCGGAGACCGCCAAAGAUGACAGGGAGUCCAACUCUGGUGAAGAACAUGAUCUCGGGCCUCAGUUAUGGAGCACUUAAUGCCAGCUAUCAGCCUCCAGUUCUUUCCAAUUCUUGUGUAUGGAGCUGGGGGAGGGGGACAGGAGGGAAGAUUGGCCCCGAUUGCCUCUCCCCUCCAGUACAGGCUGCCCUGGCCGAGAGCAGCUUCCCUCUCCUCAACAGCCCAGGCAUGCUCAACCCCGGCUCUACCAGCAGCCUCCUGCACCUCGGCCAUGAGGACGUGAGCAGUACUGUAGAGCCCCUCACCAGCAAUGGCAGCAUCAGCCCCCCACGUCUCUCCCCACCCCAGUACAGUCACCAGGUGCAGGUGAAGGAAGAGCCAGCUGAAGCAGAGGAGGACAGCCGGCCUGGCCCCCCCUUGGGCCCCACUAACCCCACCACUGGGGCUCCCCCAGAAGACAGGGACCCAGAAGAGGAUCUACCAGGGGAAGAACUGUCGUAAGGGCCUCUGGGGGAAGGGCAGGCAGGGGGGAAAGGGGUGAACACGCCCCCUUCCCCCCUCAGGAGAUCCCUCCUCAGGCCCUCACCUUCCCCUCCACUCUACAGCCCCCUUCUACCCCCACCUCAAGGCACUUCCAGGACAAUAGAUUGGGGUAGGGGCUUCUAGGCGAUCCCUGCCACCCACCUGUGACUGACAGACUCUCCCUGGCAGAGAUGGCCUCCUCCCCCUUCCACUGACCCCAAGACCAGUGGCCAGUGGUCUAGAACUGGUGGAAGAGCCAGGAGAGUGUGGACCCCCAAUACCUGACUUCAGUCUGUGUCCGAGCACCUCCCCCACUUCUGCCCUCUAGCCCCUCCUCUCACCAUGACCUCCACCAGCAGGACGCUCCCGCCAUCUUUGUUUUCUGCACCACCCUUCCCUCAACAUGGAGACCCGCAGGCGGGGCUAACCAACCCCCAUUCUCACCAAGGCAGCAUUUGUCCCCUCUUCCCCUACCCCAGCCUUGACCUUGCACCCUCUUCUCCAAGAAGCCCAGGACAAGGCCACCUUGGAAGGGGCCAGACAGAUGAUUUAGUUCAACUGCCUCAUUUGGCAGAUGAGGAAACUGAGGCCCAAAAGAAGGGAAGUGACUUGCUUAAAGCCACACUGACAGUAAGCAGUAGGGUCAGGAUUUGAACCCAGGUCUUCUGUUCCCAAGUUUGGUCUGCUUUCCACUCCCUUGUACUCUACAAGGCUCCCUUCUUCUGUACUGUGAAUGAUCAACACCGGCCACCAGCCUCAUGGGAAAAGGGGAGCCUAGAGUGGCUUAGAAUCAGCCUCCCUGCCUCCCCAGGACGAGCCAGCUCUUUCUUCCCCGUGUGCCCAGCAGCCUCAGAGUGGUACAUGGGUGAGACCAGCUGGGGCUCUGGGAUGGAAAACAGCUUUGCAAAGGGGAUCAUUGACGGACAUCCCCAGGGGAGACAGGAUGCUGCCUCCCUCACACUUUCCCCUGGGUUACUGCUGUAACGGUUGAGGCCUGACUCCUGCCCUUUCCAGGCAGACAGAGGCCGGAAGCCCCCCAUGGAGCUGCCUUCUUGUGCCGAGUGGGCAGUCCUGAGGAUCUGGAAGGAGAAGCCUGAGAGGCAAAGGGAGGGCUUGGGGGAAGAGAUUACUUGCCCUCGGGGAGAAAGGAAAAGAGGGAAAAUGUCCUCAAGACUUUGGUAUACACCCAUGGAACCAGAAGGGUCAGUCCUCACUUGUGGAGGGGACAAUCCCAGGGCCUCUGCUAGGCCACCCCAUGGAGCGGAGCCCCCUGCUGCAGCAGUGAGGGAGGGAGUGUGCCCCCAGCCUCCUGGGCCACCUUCGUGAAGAGGCUUGUGUCUGGGAGGUGGGAUGUGGGGGGCACAGGAAAGGGUUACCUCCUCCAAAGUCCCCCUCUCAUCCUCCUCCUGCCCCCUGCCCCUCUCCCUCUCCAUCCCCACCCCCAGUUAAAUGGAUGACCAAAGACCUUUCUUAUGCCAGAAGCAGAAACCAAAACUUUUUGUUUGCUUUUUUUCCUUUGUCACCCCCUGCCCUCCAUUCCUGAUCUGACCUUCUGCCCUCACCCAUGGCUCCCUCCCCCCCAGACUAGAAGCUGGAGGAGUGGGAGCCCCUUCCACUUAAGUUAUUGUUUUAAACCAAAGUUGUCAGUGUCUGUUGGUGGCCAUGGCUUUCUUCCACACCCUGGUCUUCAGCUUUCCACCGAAGGGGUUGGGGGAUAGGCCUCCCUGCACACCUCACUCCUGCUCUCCUAUGUCCCCCCUCAUCUCUUUCCCUCACUUGUCCUUCCUCUUCCCCUUUCGGGGGUCUUGGGAUCUGAGGGGAAGGAAAGGCCCUGAUGGGAUGUCCUCUCCCUGGGGCAACAGAGCAGCCUCCAAGGGCUUCUGGGAGGAGGGUACAGUUUCCUGCCCUACCACCCUCAGCCAUUAUUGUGUUCUAGCCAGCCAGCCAUUCCUUGUGCUCACCCUCCAGUGCCCACCCCAGGCACAGUCCCUGGGGUGCCCAUCAUCAGCCUCCCACCACUAGGGCUGGAGACACAAAUGGUAGAGGGCUGGAAUCGGUGAGCUCUCUGGGGAGAGCGCCAAAGCCACCUUCCUUCCCACCCCGAUAUGGGGGACUCCAACUCCAGGUGAAGGGCAAGAUGCCAGGCUGCCAUGCCUGACACCAUCCUCCCCCUAGACUAGCCCCUCCUAUAGGGACAGGACCAGGAAGGGGUCUGGAGGGGACCCGAUGGACUAUUGUCCAGAAAGCACCCAGGUACCCCACGCAGACUGUGAUCUUCACAAGCCCCCCCCCCCCCCAGGACCUGGGUGGCCAAAGGUCCCUGGUGCCUGUUAGCUGUGAUCCUCCUCCCAGUUUGUCCUUUGCCCUCUGACUUGUGCAGAAAUAUUAAAUGUCCUCUGCUCCUAGGCCCUCAGUGUGUGUCACCUAGCGGGGGUGGCGCGGGGCGGGCAGGGGCAAGCCAGGAGGACCUGAUCAUGGGAAGCAAAGUAUGGGAGGGGGCAUUCCAUAGGAGCGGAUGAGUGUGUGUGUGUGUGUGUGUGUGUGUGUGUGUGUGUGUGUCCAUUUGACCAUACCCAGCCAUGCACGAAUGAGCAGGAAUGGCGAUGGGCACCCGUAGGUUCCUAAAACCAACGUGUGUGUCCAGGUACCUUCACAUUCUGAUUCGAAGCAUCAUUCCCAAUGGAACAAAGGCACGUAUUGGUUGGGAAGGCAGCCUCUGGCCCAGACUGGACUGCAGGAUCCAUUUCCCACUUUAGUUUCUUCUUUCCCUUCUUACCAAGUGAGAUCUGGGGAUCGCUUCCCCAUAAAGUGGUCCAUUGGGGGGAGAAGCCAGAGUGCCGAGGAAUUGACAGUAUUUCUGACAAGCUUCCGGUGUGUUCAGGCUACCAUUCCCCUCGGGCCCCCAGCUCUCCCUCUCUGGAUCUGGCCUGGCUCCUCACUGCUCCCCCAGCUCCUUAGUAUGCUUGUGUCCUCUCCCCGCCCCCCAGAAGGGAGCAGAGCUGAGGACACACACACACACUCCCAGAUAACAGGUACAGCCUCUCAUACCCGGCCUUCCAGACACAUGAGGUGCUGUCUCAGGCCUUUCAUCCCAGCUCCAGACCCCUCCUGGUCCUUCACCCCAUCUCCUAAUCCCUUCAUAUUCUGUCCUUUGGAAGUUUCUUUCCCAGUAGCCCAGCCCUACACCCUGCUACCCAAUGUUCUCGCACAGGUUUGGAAUCCAAGUUUUUGGUGGCUUUUCCCAGGCUCAUGCGUCUGGGAGGAGGAGGGGGAUUGGGGUUGGGGGAGGUAAGCGAUUUCCAGGGUCUGUUUACUUGUUGGACUAACCCUUCCAGUCAGCCUGGCUCUUAGAUCAAAGAUGUCCUCCUUCCUAGAUGGAAACCAGAUCUCUUACAAGGGAAAGUGGUUCUGAAGACUCGAGUCUGAAAUGUUGGGGUGGCAAGCCCACACCCUGAGAGCUGUGUGUGUGUGUGUGUGUGUGUGUGUGUGUGUGUGUGUGUGCGUGCGUGUGUGCAUGUCUAUAUGCUGCUGUAAGGAUUUGUAGAUGGGCUCAUGCUUACAGACCUGAACAUAUAUGUGAGUGUGAUCAUGUGGUUUUGCCAGAAUGGGAUGUGGAGUCCAAGAAACCAAUGUAGAAGGGACACUGACUGCCCUGGUGAGUGCUACUGGUCUCCCAACAAAGAGAAGGGACGGGGGGGAGGAGGGAACCCCUAAAAUGCUUAAACCAAAGUCCUCCCCUGACCAGUUCUCUCCCCACCACCCAGAUUCCCCAACUCUACUGAUUCCUUACAAAAUCAUGAGUUUUCCCCAUCCACCCUCUCUCUAACCUCAGCCCCAAGAUGGGGGCCGGAUAGAUGGAAAGAAGCCUGCCUGCUUAUUCCCUAUGCUGUCUGUCUGCUAUAUACCCUCCUCUGAGACUCAAUCACAGGGACCCCAAGACUCAACUCUCAAACUUCCUUUUCCUCACCCUCAGCCACCAUCAGUCUUCCAGACACCCCAAACGCUCUGGAGGCUGGGGAGCUCCUUGACCAGGGUCUUUCAAGGGUAGAGUUGAGGGAAGAUGGGUCUGAGGAGAGGGAUGGUCCGCCUUCACUGGAGGCAAGUGAAGUACUGGGACCCAGCCUUCUCCCUGUAGCCAAUCUGGGAUGUUUAGAACUAAGUACAGACCACAGAGGAGAGGGCCCUGAGGACUCCAAACUCCUUAUGUGUCACUUCUCUUCUGUGGCCCCACUCUCUCUUUCUGGCCUGAUUUCUCUGUCUUGUCUCUUUCCAACACCCCCCCCCCCAUUCCUUUUCUCUCUGCCUUUUUCUGUCUCUGUUAUCUGUGUGCCCCCCCACUGUCUGCUCCAUGUGUGUACAUGUAUGUUUCUGUUGAUCCUUCUUAGUUCCUCUAUGUGGUGUUCUGUGUCUCCACUCUUUUUCUUCAUCCUGCUGGACACAUGCUCAGAGCUGGGGUCCCCCUACAGGGUGAAGGGGGUCAGGUGGGACAGACAGGGGAUUCCAUGCCCUCCCCUCGGCCCAAGCCCGGUCCCAUCCUGCGCUGUAUAAAGGAAUAGCAUUGCUGUGUAUUCGUUCUCCGCCUACCCUCCUUCUGCUCUGUGGCGGCAGACAGGCGGACCCUGUACAGUAGAACUAGCUGCAUGUAAUCUGUAUGGACAACAGCAUUAUAUAUAAUGCAAUAAAGUGAAUUACCUACA